AAAAGAUUAGUUUAUGAGCCAUUUAGUGUACCCAUUAUAAUUGGAAACAAAGGUGAUCCAUCAUAACCCUGAAAAGUAAACUAUGCCAGUUUCAGUAACUUCAACACUAGUUGCUCCAACCACUAACGCUACCUCCGAUUUCUCUCGACGUUCGGCAAAUUAUCAUCCUACUGUUUGGGGAGAUCAUUUUAUCCAGUAUGGUGUGGAACCUAAGGAAGUGGAUGAAAUAAUGGAGAAGCAAAUUAUAAUACUAAAAGAAAAAAUAAGACAGAAGCUAGUCCCUGGGAAUGAGAAGGCCUUAAGUCCCUUGAUGGAAGCUACCUUUAUUGAUUCAAUCCAACGUUUGGGAUUACACUAUCAUUUUGAACAUGAGAUUGGUGAAGUGUUGCAACAUAUUCACAAUACUUACGUUGAAAAUGGCAUAAUAACUCUCAAUAAAGACCUCUGUUCUCUUGCCCUUGUCUUUAGGUUACUGAGGCAACAAGGAUAUCACAUUUCGCCUGAUGUUUUCAAGAAGUUCAAGAAUGAGGAAGGAAACUUCAAUGAAACAGUUACUGCUGAUGUUGAGGGAAUGCUAAGCUUGUACGAAGCUGCACAUCUCAGGAUUCACGGAGAAGACAUAUGCGAUGAAGCACUUGCUUUCACUACCUCACAUCUUGAGUUAAUGACCACAGAAUCGAGUCCUUCUCUUGCUGCAAAAGUCAAUCAUGCCUUAAAACGACCACUCCGCAAGAACCUGCCAAGGCUAGUGGCAAGGCAUUACAUUUCUACGUAUGAGGAAGACCCUUUCCAUGAUGAAACUUUGUUACUAUUUGCCAAAUCGGAUUUUAAUAUGCUCCAAAAAACACACCAGAAGGAACUUGGCAGUAUUUCACUGUGGUGGAAAGAUUUGGAUUUUGCAACAAAACUGCCUUUUGCACGCAAUAGGAUUGUGGAAGCUUACUUCUGGAUAUUGGGAGUGUUUUUUGAGCCCCAAUACUCUCUCGGUAGAAGGCUAAUGACCAAGGUGAUAUCUAUGACAUCAGUAAUGGAUGAUAUAUAUGAUGUCUACGGUACUUUUGAAGAGCUACAACUUUUCACCGAAGCAAUAGACAGGUGGGAUAUCCGCUGCCUGGAUUUUGUGCCAGAAUACUUGAAAUUUUACUACCAAGCACUCUUGGAUGUUUAUAAAGAAAUUGAACAAGAGAUGGCCAAGGAAGGAAGAGCAUUCUGUGUAAUCUAUGCAAAAAAUGAAAUGAAAAGAUUGGCCCAAGCCUACUUUGCUGAGGCUAAAUGGUUAAGUAGCAAUUAUAUUCCGUCAAUGGAAGAGUAUAUGGAUGUUGCACUAGUAAGUUGUGGUUACCAUAUGCUCAUAGCCACAGCCUUCAUAGGGAUGGGAGAUAUUGCUACAGAAAAGGCCUUCCAAUGGUUAACCAAUGACCCUAAAAUUGUUAAUGCUUCAAAAAUUAUUUGCAGACUCAUGGAUGAUAUUGUUUCCAACGAGUUUGAGCAGAAGAGAGGGCAUGUUGCCUCUGCUCUUGAGUGCUACAUGAAACAACAUGGUGUCACAAUACAAGAUGCCAUUGACGAAUUAUAUAGACAAGUGACGAGUGCUUGGAAGGAUAUCAAUGAGGAAUUGCUUGACCCUGCAGAAAUGCCAAAGCCUCUUCUAAUGGUAGUUCUCAACCUGUCACGUGUAAUUGAUGUGUUUUACAAAGAAGGAGAUGGUUACACUCACUCUAAAGGAUCAACAAAGAACCAGAUUGCAGAUAUCCUCUUGAAUCCAUUGGCAGUAUGAGAAUAAGGAGCUCGCUUCUUCAACUGUAUUAUAAACAGUUAUUGCAAUAUAUGUUGUAUUGGAAAAAGGUUUGUGGUUUUAAAGGACGGGGCAGAUUAUAUUUACAAAUUUUUUUGUUUACAAAUUCUUACAAACUACACUAUCUUCUCCCGUGAGAACACUAAUCACAUUAUCUUCUUCCUGGGAGAACAUAAUGCAAUUUGCAUAAGUUUGUAAACGGAUCCUUCCCUUUAAAAGAUUGUGUUAUUUUAGU